CUAGCAGACAAAGUUAAAAUAUAGUGGUGUGAAAAUAAAACACAAUAUUCAGUGAAUGCAACUGCCAAUAUGCACUGUUGAAUAAUUCUGAAAUUCUUGUUUUACGGCUCCCUCACAGCUCGUAGAUGUCGUGCGUUCUUUUCAAAUAACAAUCGUAGCAAUUAAAAUGAACCAAACCAAACAUUGUAUUACCAUUGGGUUUUUAAUUUUUCUUGAACUACUUUUCAUGGUACUGUGUCAUGCAGAACAUAACAGUCCAGUCUCUGGCAUAUCAAACAGUGACCCCAAAUUUCUGAGCCCAUUGGGUCUCUUAUCAACACCUCGACUCUUGAAGAAAGAUAUCCCAGAAGAACUGAAAGAUGCAAAACAUGGAAUUGUCAUGGGAGUGUCUUCAGAAAAAUGUGAUAAUGGAAAGGUCAAUAUAACAAAGGAUUGGGAUGGUUCCCCUGUAAACCAUACAUGCUUCACUUCCAAGUAUCCACUUCCAGUCAAAGAGGACAUUGAACCAUUUAUAACAUGUGAUAAAAUUCCUCCUGGAAAUUAUUCACCUCCACACUAUUGUAUGGACACCAUAGUUCAGUACAAUUCAGCUAUUCCAACAUAUGAAGGACAUCGUCCUCUUUGGCCCAUUUUCGGUGAAUACCAGUUUGUCCCACCUCAGCGCUGGCUACAUAACAUCGAACAUGGAGCGAUUGUCAUGUUAUAUCACCCUUGCGCUGAACCUUCAGAAAUUCUAAAGUUGAAAAAGCUUGUCAAAUCUUGCCUUUGGAAAUAUGUUAUAACUCCUUGGAACAAAAUGAGCAGAGAACUGCCUUUUGCACUGGUAGCGUGGGGAUGCCGCCUACAAAUGGCAAAAGUGGAUACUGGAAUCGUCCGAUACUUCAUCCGUUCUAAAGCAUUCCGCGGACCUGAAUCUCAUUAUCUAAAACAAGGUCAGUUCUCUGUGGGUCUUAUUGAAGUUUCAAACCCACCAAGUGAUCCUUCGCUGGACAAAGUGCUCUGCUGAUGAGUGAAAGUAAUCUUCAUUUUGCUCAGUACAAUUACUUAAAAAAUCGUUGCAAUUAUAUCACGAUUACUGUAUAAAAAUAGAUCUUUUAUCAUUUAUUUUGUUUGAUAGAAGGUACAGGGGGCGUUUUUUUUCAUAUUAAUAACAAUUUUUCAGGACAAUCAGCAAUUUUUUUUUUCAUUCAACGUGAAUCCAUGUCAUCCAAUGUCAUUUUCAAGUAGAACACAUAUUAAUACAGUUUUAAUUCAAA